CCACCAUGAAAUCAACUGAAAAGCUUGGCACUUUUGGCCCCACAGUAAUGAUACCCACUACCCUCCUCUGCCCUUUUCUAAAUUAGUAGCAAUAUCUAUCUCUCUUAAUAAAGUACGAUUAUAAAUCUAGUUGUAUCUCUCUUGUCUCCCUUAUCAUCCAUUAGUCAUCACUCAUCCUCUUAUUGCUCCUUUAAAAAUCAUGUCAUGUUAAACAAAAAGAAUGAUACAAAGAGUGGGAUUCUGGUAGAUUAGUGUCUAUUUUGAUCUUCAGAAGAUGACAUUUUGAAAACAUACACACACACACACGCAGAGAGAGAGAGAGAGAGAGAGAGAGAGAGAGCAGAAUGAUCAAGAAGCUGGCUUAUUCCACCGCUCCUACAAAUUUGAUCUUUCUUACUCUUCCAUUAGUCGGUUGCUCUCCACAUGAACAGCUCAACAAAGCCAGCAGCCAUAGCAUCAAGCAAAACAAUCACAAGAUGAGUCAUCAGAUGACAUCUGAGAUGACAGUUCAUGGGCUUCUCUUAUGGGCUUCAAUGGGCCUCUUAAUGCCCCUUGGGAUACUUACCAUUAGAAUGUCCAACAGGGAGAAAUGCAGGAGAUGGUUCAAACUACUCUUCUAUAUGCAUGUCAUUUUGCAGACAGUUUCAGUGCUUCUUGCCACUGCUGGAGCAGUCCUAUCCAUAAAAAGUUUUGAGAACUCAUUCAACAACCACCACCAAAGAAUAGGCUUAGCUCUUUAUGCCGCCAUUUUGUUGCAAGCCUUCAUUGGAUUUCGCCGGCCUCAUAGGAAAUCAAAAGGUAGAAGUUUAUGGUACUUUGCGCAUUGGGUACUUGGAACAACAAUUUCCCUAGUCGGAAUUUUCAACAUCUACACGGGAUUAGAAGCCUUCCACAAGAGAACAUCAAGAAGUACAAGGCUUUGGACCAUCCUUUUCACAGCACAAAUAUUUUUCAUGGCAUUUUUAUACCUUUUCCAAGACAAAUGGGAUUACAUUCAAAAACAAGGGAUUGUUUUGGGGAAUGAGGCAAUUUCACCGUCUGAUCAAACAAUUCCACCCCCACAGGAAAACCAAAAGGAGUCGAACUUUGAACCAUCUACGAAAAGCAAUUCCCUUGGGAGUUAUUUUUCCAAAAGCAAUGCCCUCAAGAAAUUAUUCCAACUAACAUGAGAGAGGUUAUUGCCAAAAACUUAUCGGUCUUUUUCUUUUAAAAAAAAAAACUUUUCGGUACUUUUAUUUUCUUAAUUGUAGUGUACUGUUCUUUUUUUUUCUUUUUCUUUUUUUGAUGGGCAUAAUGGUGCUCCUCUUUUUUAUGCUUCCACUUUAUGUGAGAGAAUGUCCUUCUUCUUUUCUUUUUUUUACUGUAUUUAUUACUAAAUGAACGUGCGCUAAAAGGGGAGGGAGUAAAAUGUAUUUCUUUUUAUUACAAGAACUAUUGUACAUUCAUGAAAAUAAAUAGUUGAUAUAUUGUUGUUUAUACCAA